UCCGCCCCGCGGCAAAAUGGCGGCGCCCGGGCCCUGCCACGCAGACUUCCGCCUAGCGCGGAGACUGAGUGCCAGCCGCGGCUCGUGUCGGAGGUGAAGUCGUGACGCGCGUGGUGUAGAGCCGCAGCCCGGGUGCUCCGGGUGCUCUGGAGUGCGUCCCUGCCUCGUGCUUGGCUGGAGAGCUUGGGGAGAGGGCGAAGGGCAGCGGACCGGGGUCGCGAGUAAAACCUCAAACCGGGUGGUCCAGGGAGUCUUGCCACGUGAGAGGGGGAGGAGCUGAGACUCACGAGGAGGGACACACUGUCUGGGGGGCCGCAGGACACGUGGUUGGGUUACGCCUAGAGUUCGCGUGUCCGCACCCUCGGGUGACUUUGUUGCCCUUUUUCUCAUUCUCUCCCAGGCAGUAUGUCGGAAGGAAAUGCUGCGGGCGAGCCCAGUAUCCCCGGAGGGCCCCGACCCCUUCUCUCUGGACCCCGGGGGCUUAUCGGGAGGCGGCCAGCGCCCUCUGUCACCGCGGGCCGCCUUCCCUCUGUCCGCUCCAGGGACCUCACCCUCGGGGGAGUGAAGAAGGUAGCCUUGCUAAAGAGACCCAAGUACCUUGAAUUCCAGGUUCCUGGGAUUCAGCUGGAAACCCUGAAAACCUUUACCCCAAACAUCAUCAGUCGGAAGAUCAAGGAAGAGCCUAAGGAAGAAGUAACUGUCAAGAAGGAGAAGCGUGAAAGGGAUAGAGAUCGACAGCGAGAAGGACAUGGACGUGGCCGGGGUCGCCCAGAAGUUAUCCAGUCCCACUCCAUCUUUGAGCAGGGCCCAGCUGAAAUGAUGAAGAAAAAAGGGAACUGGGAUAAGACAGUGGAUAUAUCAGACAUGGGGCCCUCUCAUAUCAUCAACAUCAAAAAAGAGAAGAGGGAGACGGAUGAAGAAACAAAACAGAUCCUGCGCAUGCUGGAGAAGGAUGAUUUCAUUGAUGACCCUGGGCUGAGGAAUGACACACGAAACAUGCCUGUGCAGCUGCCGCUGGCUCACUCUGGUUGGCUGUUCAAGGAAGAGAAUGAAGAACCAGAUGUUAAACCUCGGCUGGCUGGCCCCAAGGAAGAGGACAUGGAGGUGGAUGUGCCUGUAGUGAAAGUGAAAGAGGAGCCACAAGAUGAGGAGGAGGAGGCCAAGGUGAAGGCUCCCCCCAGAGCAGCCCGGAAGACCCCGGGCCUCCCGAAGGACGUAUCUGUGGCAGAGCUGCUCAGGGAGUUGAGCCUCACCAAGGAGGAAGAACUGCUGUUCCUCCAGCUGCCGGACACCCUCCCUGGCCAGCCACCUACUCAGGACAUCAAGCCUAUCAAGACAGAAGUACAGGGCGAGGAUGGACAGAUGGUGGUUAUAAAGCAGGAGAAAGAUCGGGAAGCCAGGCUGGCAGAGAAUACUUGUACCCUGGGUGACCUGACAGAGGGCCAGGUUGGCAAACUGCUCAUCCGCAAGUCAGGAAAGGUGCAGCUCCUCCUGGGCAAGGUGACUCUGGAUGUAACGAUGGGAACUUCCUGCUCUUUCCUGCAGGAGCUGGUGUCCGUGGGCCUUGGAGAGAGUAGGACAGGUGAUAUGACAGUCCUGGGACAUGUGAAACACAAACUUGUGUGUUCCCCCGAUUUUGAAUCCCUCUUGGAUCACAAACACCGAUAAAAUAAGCAGAUGGAGGAUGAUGGCGACUGCCCACGGCUGCUGCCUGCUCCGGACGUUUUGUUCUCGAAUCUCUGAGACCCAGAAGAGGCCUGUUUAGCCCACCCACUCCAGCCUUUGGCAGUCAUUGUCCCAGUUAUCCCCAUGGGUCCCAAAUGUCAAGCAGCUUCCUCCCACAGCAGCUGUGGAUGGCACAGUAAUCUACCCACACUUAUGGGGGACUUGUCCAUGUUAUUUAUUUUUAUAUUUAUGUCUUACCUCCUAAACUGACUACAUCCUCCCAAGGUAGAGAGAGGAGGGUCUGUGGGAAAGUACGGGCUCUUUCUCUUGGUGACCCUCUUGGUUCUCAGGGUAGGAAGUGUAAGAACCGUUCCUUCUGCUUUUGCUCCCUGUUUCCUCCUGAGGGGCAGUGCAGUAGAGAGAGCAGGGAAGUUUUGAGUCUGAGACUUAGUACUCAGUCCCAGCUCCAUCAGUUACUACUUGUGUGACCUUGUACAAACCACCUAACCUUUUUGAGCCUCGUAUUCCUCAUCUGACAAAAAUGGGGAUAAUACCUACCUCACAGGGUUGGUGUGAGGAUUAAAUGGAAUAGUAUAGAUGAAAACUCCUUGCACAAGGCCAGACAUAUACACAGUAGGCACUCAAUAAAUAUUACGUUGCCUUUUCUUUGCCUGAGUCUAUUUUCAAACAAAAUAGAGAUUCCAAGAAUUUCUUGGAAUUGAAUAGAGCUGCUCAGUUACCCACUUGUGUCCCUCCGUUCUUACCAUGUGCCCUGUUCCCACCCUGGGCCUGAUGCUCUGAAGAUACAAGUUGAGGCUUUAUCCUGCCACUCUCAGCCAAGUGUGAGGCACUAGCCGUAGAUUUGAUUAGAAGUGAAGGGUACAGAUGAUGCCUAAAAAAAAAAAAAUGGUGCCUAGCACCCUCCAAAUGCCUUUGAGUGACGUGGUAGUUCCCAGGAUUCAUUACCCCCACAGUAAGUACCCAGUACUCUUCUAGCUUCUGUUUAAAUAUUUCUCAAAGAGAAAACCCUGACCACUCACAAAGAAUUGUCACCACACUAAGUCAAAUACUGCUAAAAACAACUCUUAAAAAAAAAUUAGGGAUUUAUUAAUAGCCUCUUUGACACUCGACAAUGACCCACCACUUCAAAAGCUUUGAAUUUGAGAGGCAUUACUAGGUCCACCAACUCAGCGUGGAUCCCAGUCCCAGCUGGUAACACUCACCUUUUAGUUUCUGGGUCCAUGAUCUUGUUGCCUUCACCAGGUCUUCACACUCUUUGCCCUUCUGAUGUGUAGUCCAUGGAGAACAGCUUCUCUUGCCCCUUUCCUUGUCAGCGUGGAUUUUUCCCUGGUUCAGCUGGGGGAGACAUUUUGGGGGUUAAGGAAAAGCCUCAUGCAACAGCAUUCUUUGGCUGUUAGAAGCUGAUGUCUUAGCCACCCUUUACUGUGAUCUUACCACUCUGCCUCUUGAACAGGGAUGAAGUCACAGAGGCCCAAUAAGAGCUGCCUCCUCCCGACUUUUGGGUGGCCCCAGAGGUUUUGGCUAUGUCUUCCUUUAGUCUCACUUCCCUUCUUUCUGUUCCUCGGCCCUGCUAAUGAUUGAGGCUUUCCCUAUGCUGAGCCCUUCAAACCGCCUAGCCAGCAGUUCUGAGGGGUAUAUCAGUCUCCUAGGGCUGCCAUAAUAAAGUACCACAAACUGAGUGGCUUAAAAUAACGGUAAUUUAUUCUCACAGUUCCAGAGGCUAGGAGUCCCAAAUCGAGUUGUUGGCAAAUUUGAUUCCUCUGGAAGGCUGUGUUCCACACCUCUGUUCUAGCUGCUGGUGGUUGUCAGCAGUCCUUGGAGUUCCUGGGCUUGUAGAUGGAUCAUUCCAAUCUCUGGCCCUGUCGUCACAUGGUGUUACUCUCUUUGUGUCUUAGUCGCUGUGUCUCCUCUUACAAGGAUAGCAGUCAUUUCUAUAAGGCCCACCCUAAUAUAGAAUAACCUCCUGUUAACUAAUUACAUCUGCAAAAAUGCCAUUUUCAAGUAAGGUCACACUCACAGGUACCAGGAGUUAGGACUUGAGCCUAUCUUUUUGGGGGACACAAGUUAACCCAUAACAAGGGGGAUCAACUCUUUGGUCAUUACAUGGCCUCUUCUUUGCCUAUAGCUAAAAGCUCACAUUUGCUUUGCUAGACAGUAUUGUCUGGUCUGUUUUCUGACUAUAGAGGACUGAAGAGGAAAGCGUUCUUUGGAAGCAUAUACUCACAGAAGUCCUGUUUGGUGUAAGACUAAGCUUUUGAUUAUCCAACUGCUUUUUGUUCUCUGGACCCCAGUGCUUUCUCCUUUAAAUAACUAAUGCACUGCCAGUGGAUUUCUGUUAUAUUUCUUUUCUGUUUCUAUGGUUCAAAGAUAUUCUGCUUUCUUGGACUAAGUCAAAGGCUUGGCCUCAUUAGGCGUUUGGACUUUAGUUCUUUGACUCUUCCUAGAAUGCUUGAGGAAGAGCAUGUACCACUUUCAUAUUGACCUUUUUACCUCAAAGUAUCUUGGGGAUUGAACCUUCUAACUAUAUCAAAGUUCUCAUGACCUGUCUCUCUAUCCCUGAUGUUCAGGUUUGUAGACAUCAUCAGUAAAAUAGUGGAAGAAAAGACAAGGCAAGUCUGCUUUCUUGGCUGAGCCUCUGAAGCAUACAUUCCUACCAACAGAUACAUGAAAAUAACAGAAAAAAGCUCAAAGCUGAAUUUCUGUGUGAGUGCCAACGGCUGCAAAUUUAUCACUACCUGCAUCUGUGUAUAUGUAUUUUGUUAAAAUACAAGAAGAGAACUAUAGGUUUGUUCAUCUUGAUGAUGUUGUUUAUACGUACACGAGUAACAGUUUGUGGGCUUUAGAGUCAGGGUGGAAUUGAACUCCACCAGUAACUUUGGGAAAAACACUCAUCCUUUCUAAGACUGGUUUUGUUUUUUUAUUUUCUAUAAAAAAUGAGAUAAUAGUAACUUUUUAAUUGGGUUGCUUUUAAAUUAGAGUGAACAUAAAGCAUUUUUUCAUUGUCAGAUAAAUGCUCAUACUAGGAUGUGAUCAUCACAAAUAACAGAAAACCAGAAUGAUCUUGGCUUAAGCAAUAAAGAUGUUUAAUUAUCUCAUGUAACCAGAACCCUGGACGUAGACGGUUCCAGAGUUGGGUGGCAGCUAAAAAUGUUAUCAAAAUUAUGGAUCCAUCUGUUCUGCCAUCCUCAGUAUUGCAUCUUUAGACUUGCCCCUGAGUCUCUGACAGAGCUAGGCCACAUACCCAUCUUUCGACCAGUCACUGGCAAAGGGAAAUAGGUAGACCAGUUCAUCACUUGGCACUGGGAAUACUGUUGCUGGUAAGAUGGGGUUCUAUUAGUAGGGAGGAAACAAGAAUGACAGCUAGGUAGACAAUCCAUAAUAGCUGCCACCAUGUUCAAAAAAUAUUAUCUAUUGUAGUAAAAUCAUAAAGUACAUUUAAGUAGUAUUUUUAAAAUGUUCUAUCACCUUUCAUGCUCUUAAGUAAGCCAGUUUUAACAUCUUAGUGCAUAUUCUUUUUGCAAAAUUUUGUAUGUUAUUUGUAAUUAUAUAAACUGUGCAAUGCUAGGAGCCCUAACACAUGGCAUAAACAAUAUACAAAACAUUACUAACAAUGCACAAACACCAGAAGAGAAACUAGAUAACUGGGAGCUCCUAAAAAUCAAACAUUUAUGCCCACACAAAGACUUCACCAAAAGAGUAAAAAGAGAGCCUACAGACUAGGGAAGAGUUUUUGGCUAUGACAAAUCCAAUCAGCAUCUGAUCUCUAAAAUCUACAUGAUACUGCAAAAACUGAAGAACAAAAAGACAACCCAGUUAAAAAAAUGGCCAAAGGAUAUGAACAGGCACUUCACUGAAGAAGACAUUCUGGUGGCUAACAUGCAUGAGGAAAUGCUCAACGAUCAUUAGCCAUUAGGGAAGUGCAAAUCAAAACUACAGUGUGAUUCCAUCUCACCCCAACAAGACUGGCAUUAAUCUAAAAAACAGAAUAAUAAACGUUGGAGAGUUUGUGGAGGGACUGGAAUACUUAUAUACUGCUGGUGGGGAUGUAAAAUGGUACAACCACUUUGAAAAUCGAUUUGGCGCAUCCUUAAAAAGCUAGAAAUAGAACUACCAUAUGAUCCAGCAAUCCCACCCCUUGAAAUAUAUCCUAGGGAAAGAAGAGCCCUUGCACAGAUAAGCACACACAUAUUCAUUGCAGCAUGGUUUACAAUAGCAAAAAGGUAGAAGCAACCGAAGUGCCCAUCACUGGAUGAAUGGAUAGAUAAAUUAUGGUAUAUUCACGUAAUAGAAUACUACUCAACGAUUAAGAACAAUGAUGAAUCUGUGAAACAUCUCAUAACAUGGAGGAACCUGGAAGGCAUUAUGCUGAGUGAAAUUAGUUGCAAAAAGACAAAUAUUGUAUGAGACUACUAUUACAGGAACUCAAAGUUUAAACACAGAAGAAAAUAUUCUUUGAUGGUUAUGAGAGUGGAGAGGGUUGGAGGGAGAGGGGUAUUCACUAGUUGGGUAGUAGACAAGAACUACUUUAGGUGAAGGGAAAGACCACACACAAUAUAGGGGGGUCAGCACAACUGUACUAAACUAAAAGCAAAGAAGUUUCGUGAAUACAAAUAAAUGCUUCGAAGGCCAGAGUAGCAGGGACGGGAGUCUGGGGACCAUGGUUUCAGGGGACCUCUAGGUCAAUUGGCAUAAUAAAAUGAAUUAAAAUGUUUUGCAGUCCAUUUUGGUGAGUGGCGUCUGGGGUCUUAAAUGCUAGCAAGCGGCCAUCUAAGAUGCUUCAAUUGGUCUUAACCCAACUGGAGCAAAGGAGAGUGAAGAAUACUAAAGACACAGGGUAAAUAUGAGCCCAAGAGACAGGAAGGGCCGCGUAAACUGGAGACUCCAUCAGCCUGAGACCGGAAGAACUAGAUGGUGCCUAGCUACCACCGAUGACUGCCCUGACAGGGAACCCAGCAGAGAAUCCCUGAUGGAGGUGGAGAAAAGUGGGAUUCAGACCUCAAAUUCUCAUAAAAAGACGAGAGUUAAUGGUCUGAGACUGAGACCCCAGAAGUCAUGCCCCCAGACCCUCUGUUAGCCCAAGACUGGCAUCAUUCCUGAAGCCAACUCUUCACACAGGGACUGUAAGACAAAAUGAUACUGAUGAGGAGUGGGGUUGUUGGCUCAAGUAGACACAUGAGACUAUGUGGGCAGCUCCCGUAUGGAGGCGAAAUGAGAAGGCAGAGUGGGACAGGAGCUGGCUGAAUGGACACGGGGAAUACAGGGUGGAGAGGAGGAGUGUGCUGUCAUAUUAGGGGGAGAGCAGCUAGGGUUACAUAGCAAGGUGUGUAUAAAUGUUUGUAUGAGAGACCUGAUCUGUAAACUUUCACUUAAAGCACAAUAAAUAAAUGAAAAACAAAAACUGUGCUGUUUUAUUAUAUGCUUUAUCUCAAAAAUAUACGCAAUUCUUCCAUGUUAAUAAGUGUCUUGUGUUGCAGGUACCUAAGAGCUAGAUAAAGGAAUUAAAGAUAGGUUUUAAUUCUUUCAGACCUACCUACGUGGACCAAAUGAGAUUAACACUAGGUUCUUUAGAAGAAAAGAGGCUUAUUUCUUAGACUCAGUGCACACUGUUGAAAGUGGCAUGCACCGUUUGUUCAUCCUGUGCUCCAAUCACUGAUCUAGGGCAGGAUAUUUCCAGAAUUGGGGCUGUGGCUAAUGAUGUGGUACGAAUAGCUCCUCCUGGGCUGUAGUUCAGCUGCAGAGGUCCCUACCAAGGUUCUAUUUUGUGGACAUGGGAGCCGGAAUAGCUUGGGUCUCAGGGGUUUCUAAAAAAAAUGGAGAUAGAAGGCCAGCUUUGGUAACCCCUCUGUGGCCAACUUCUAACUUUCUAAAUAAUUUUUUUUUCACUUCAUUUUAUUGGAGAAAUCACUGGUUCAUCUCCCAAAAGCUGACUUAGAAGUUGGACAUUCUUUUAUUUGACUCAUUUGCGCUUAAGAUACCUAGUUAGAAAAAAUGCAUUCUUGAUCAUCAUUGGCCCAACAACUUUAUCUUGCGUAUUUUUCAGGGUUCAGUGAAAAACAGAAACCAUUCUAGUAUUCUAAGCAGAAAGAUUUAAUACAAGGCCAUCAACAGAUGAAUGGAUUAACAAACUCUGGUACAUAUACACAAUGGGGUACUAUGCAAUGAUAAAGAAUAAUGACAAAUCUGCAAAACAUCUCACAACAUAGAUGAAUUUGGAGGACAUUAUGCUGAGUGAAAUAAGUCAAUCACAAAAGGACAAAUAUUGUAUGAAACCACUAC